AAUAUGAUAUUAUUUUUUUACAGGCAUGUGAAUAGCACCAAGCGAAAAGAAGCUUCCAGUUUCUAAAUCUGCAAACGUCAGUGGCUAUGCUCUGGUCACAGACUCACCUGGACUUUCCAAAGAUCCUGGACACAGGCCUAAGGCAGCCGAGCAGCCCAUCACUCCAACCCCAGAGAUCCCCGUCUUUAAUGGUUGCAAGGUAGACGUAACAGUAGAGAAGCAGGAGAUGAGUGAGGAGGAGGAAGAUGAGGARAUUAGUUUGGACAGCCUUCUUAAAAGAUCAAGAGAGUAUGUGAAGCGAGAGCAGAGUCAGCAGGGCUCAAAAGGGGUCCUCUCAGUGAGCCGUACUCCCCCACCUGAGACGCCUCCUGUCAAAGAGCAGCAGAGCUGUAGCCCCGUCAGAGACACGGGAGUCGAGUUUGGAUUCAGCCUGCACCAUAGCCCAGUUGGCCUGCCUCCGAUCCAGCAUCAUUUCUUUUAUGAACCCACUCCACAAAAGUCUGUCCCACUCAGGUGUACUAAACCAGAACAAUAUGCUUGUCUCCCCAGUCUGGAGCCUUGUAUUAGCCCUCGCACCUGUAGACGCAAACCACGGCCCGUUUCUACAGGGAACAUCCAUUUUACAUUUCCCGRCGGACCAGCCGACCUUGUCUCUCGAAGCCCGGAAAGGUCAGGCGAAGGUGCUGGACUGGCAGAUUGGGGAGAGGCAGGCUUAAUGGUGACCGGUCCGUGGAGCUUAGAGACGAGGAACAAUGCUUCCAGGACUGGAAUCRGUCGAUCCAGCCACUGCAGCACCAGUCCAGUGCAGGAAAAUGGAGGCCCUGUUAGUGCAUCUGUACCCAGCUCCAUGAWGCACCAUGACCACUUAGCCGUGGGAUUUCGGCGACGCUGCCACACGUUGGACAGCCAGCUGAGUACCUACCAGUCUGCAGCUGAGCCUGUGGACCGCAGCCAGGAAAGGGUCCCUCGCUUCAUGGCAGGUGCCAUGUGGCUUGGUCCAAAUAGGCCCAAACCUGCARCUCCUUUAAAGCAGUCAUAUGAGGUGAAAAAUACAUCGCCAUCUCUGCUGAGCUCCCUCGUGACUCCUGAUGAGUCUCAUGGGUCAAACAGCUGGAACGCACCAACAGUUGUGAGAAAAACAGCCGAAACACAAUCCAGCAAGACAGCAGAGGCUCAGUGGCAAGCCCAGAAUCUGGAGGACAUACAAAGGCGCCUAGAKGAGGAGCAUGCCCUGCAGGUGUCACUUCUCCUGGUUGAGCAUGAAAAGGAGCAACAGCGCCUCCGCCUGGAGCUCGAGGAGACGGAGAGAAGACRGAAGGAGCAGGAGAGUGCGAGGCCUGUGAGUGGAGACUCCCAUGUUUGGAAUAGCAGGUCUGUGAGUAGCAGCUACCCUGUUAUGAGCCCCUCCUGCCCAAGACUGAGUCCCAUCCACACCCCGUCUGAGCAGUUGGCUGGACACACGUUAGGUUUUCCCAGUCCUGUUUCAUCCAGUAUUAUAUCUCCCACUAUCCAGCCUUCGGUUUGUCUGUGGGGGUCUUCUUGGGCAGCUAACAGACCACGCUCAAGGCUAAGUCUGGUUUUGACCGCAGAGCACCAGAAAGCAUUUUGUCGAAUUGGCUCCAUCAUCCGCGGGUUCCUCAUUCGACGGCUGCUCAAAACAGAAAAGGUCAAACACCUGCGCCAAACCAUCCGGGAUACGCAGGAAUUCAUCUGUUCAUUUGAGACUGAAGCUGCACAGAAGAGAGGGAUCUACUCAGCACAAGACCUGUCCCUGCAGGAGAGAGUGCGAGCUCAGUUACGCGCUGCCUUGUAUGACGUUCAUGACAUCUUCUUUGAAAUGCCUUUGAGGGAUCGAUUAGCAGUUCUGCAGCAGGACAGGGAGCUUCGUGCAGAGAGGAAGCUUCGAGACCUGGAGAAAGCCAAAUCUUCCAAAGAGAGAGUCUCUCUUUCUGCGGCCACGCAGAGGUCUCUGGACAGGAAAAAGAGGGCAGGUGAAUCCCCAGCACAGGUCAGGAAGAUGCAGCACAAGCCAAAAAGCCCCACCACCAACAGAAUUCAGAAGCCAAGUCAGACUUCAUCUGCUCCAAGCCAGCUGAACCGCCAGGGGAGCUGGUACAGAAAGACUCCAGAGGAGAAAGUGAGGCGCUCUGACAACCUGAAGAAGCAGCACUCUCUGGGAUAACACCCAACCCAACACCACCUCACCUGGGAACUUGAAUUUUUAAUCUUUUACUACAAGUCCUGAACCACUGGACCUGUUUUUGUUGUCUGCGCUGCUAACACGAUUGUUUCUAAUCUAACAUGUGGAAAUGACUGUAUUCACCUCCACAUUUUAUCCCARUGAUAGACUCUAUCACAGUGCUGUAAGUUUGACUGUUGCCUCUUGUUGAAAUGUUAUUUUGUGUGUGUACAAAAAGUGAUUGUUUACCAAGACCGUCAUGUGAGUGGAGUGUUUAACAAGUAACUGAAUGUCAGAGCCAAAAGAAGAAAAGUUAAUGGAGAAGUACGCCUGAGAACUACACCUCAGCCAUCUGCUGUAUUUUAGCAUGCUUAAACUGUAUUUAUCAGCUGUGUUCAUAAAUAUAAAGUGCUUAUAGCUGUAAGUAAAUUUAAAUAAUCAGUUUCAUAAUGUUUGCCAAAUACUGUAUUUAUAAAAAUAUAGUAUUUAGUUGUGAUUAAUACAUGAAUUUGUAUAUAUUUUUUUGUUCAAGGGCUUUAAGUACCUUUGUGUCCUUUAAGGAGUUAAUGGUGCUGAGUAAAAAAAUAAUUUGAGAUGUUUCAUUGUGUUUAACCAUUUAUCUUCACUUACUGAGUGGUGUGGACUUCACUGCCACAGAUGUUUCGUAAUAAAAAUAAUCAGAGGCAGGGUCUUGGAUGACUGCCUGUUUGGGGUUUUAUUGAAGUAACAUUUUCUCUGAACAGUGUCCAUCUUUGUAGAUAAAACCCAACUCGCAUACAGA